AUGGUUAUCUUCAUCACUCUCAUUCGUGGUUAUGUCAUUUCUUCUUCAAGUUUUCGCUUAACUUUGUUUGUAUCCUUGUUGAUCCUUACAUUUCUAUCCCCUUCUCAUCAUGCUGAAAAAGACAAGCCUUUGAUUGAGUUUUUCUUCACCAUCUUAACUAGCGCAUCAUCUUUUGUCAUUAGCGAAUCCCCAUUAAUUGUGAUUCUUAUCCUGACUGAUCCAUCACUUAUAGCUACAAUUCAAACUCGGUUGCAAAGAUUUAUAGCUAAUCGUCAUUCUUCUUCUUCUCCUUCCAACAAUAUUGACUGGUCCCAUCUCCCCCCAGAUCUUGCUCGUGAAAUUGUAAAUCGAAUGACUACUUUCAAAGAUCAUAUAGCGGCUACAGGGGUUAGCCAAGUUUGGCGACUUGCUCGUUUGAGCAUUAGUAGAAGACCUCAGCUUCCUCUUCCUGCGCUGAUGCUUUCCGAGCCACUAUUAACUGACAUGCGAACUUUAUUUAGCCUUUAUGACAACAAUCGUCAUCCAUUACGACUAUCUGAAUUCCGCAGAAAACGUCUUUGGGGAUCUCAACAUGGCUGGGUUGCAACCUUCGGCCCUCGUUAUGUAAACCAACUUGUGCACCUUAUGACAGGAAACCGACUUGAUCUUCCACAAAUUCAAAGACUGGCUCCUCGAGAAGAGUGGUUUUGCCUUGUACACAAAUUCAAUAUUCUAAAGGACCCUUCCGAUGAGUCAACAUUCCUCGUCAUCGCAAUUUUUGGCCCUAUGAAUAGUUUGGCUUUUACUAGAGUGAGACUAGGAGCUGCUUUGAGCAGAAGAGGAGAAGCUGAGUGGGUUGUUGUUGCCAAGCCAGAGAAUUUGAAAUUCAAGGAUGUUGUACAUUUUAAUGGUCAAAUAUAUGCACACUGUGACAAUGGCAAGCUGGUUCGCUUUGAACCUGUUGCUCCUUUUGCAAAUAUGGUCCAAGUUAUUGCUGAUCAUCCACAAGAUGUGGGGGCACACCGAAAAAUAUAUUUGGUGGAGUCAUUGGGAAAUCUUUAUGCUAUUUUUCGUAACGGAUUUCUUAUUCCUUCAGAGAGGUCGCAUGAGACUACAUCUUUUUUUGUCUACAAGUUCAACUUCAAUGCAUCAGCUUGGGAGGAAGUGACACGCUUGGAAGGUCAAGCUUUUUUUGUUGGUGAUGGCAACUCCUUCUCUAGGCGCUUUCCUACAAGCACUAUCCCUAGCAAAGGUGAUUGCAUUUACUUUACUGAUGACCAUUGGGACUGGCGAAAGUUCCCUAGAGUGGCAUAUGGAGGCCAUGACGUGGGACUGUUUGACAUGGAAAUCAGGGAUAUCCUACCCCUAACAUUUGGUAUGGACAAACCUCGUUUUUAUUCUCGACCAAUUUUUGUUACGCGUAAUGACAAACUUUAG